UGUGAGGAUACUGGCAGAGUUUCAUGCAGCUCCAGUGGACACCUAAAGCGGGACUCGCUGGUGUGUAUGUGUGUGUGUGUGUGUGUGUGCGUGCGUGUGUGUAAAGAGAGCUAACACACACUCUCACACACCUUAACAUUUGGACACAACAUGGCGAUGAGGCGCCGAGAGACACGACGACUCUUCCCCGACUAACACAACCACGUUAUGUUUAUUGGUGGGGGAAGUGCGCGACAGGGAAAUACGUGAAAUUACGCGCAACUAAUUAAACCUGAAGAGAUUUUUCCCGAAUUCCAUUAUAUGCAUGUAGCUGUAGCGGUCAUAUAAAGCACACACUGCUUUACCCCGCUGCUGGAAAUCAAACGCUCUACAUGGCGGUGGAGAAUAUCUGGUUCUUCUGUCUACUUUCUCUGGGUUACUGUGGAUUAUCCGUGCAAGAGAAGCCUGUAUCCGUGGAGCUGAGCUGUGGUGCCGGACCUGUCCAUGUGGUUCUGGAGCCUGAUCACCCUCUGCUGCUGGAAUGCCAUCUGGGGGCCAGUGAGCCUCCCCUCAACGUGACCUGGCUGCGGGAUGGGGCAGUUCUCUCAGAAAGCCAGACCAUCCGGCCUUUGCCCAACAGAUCUCUGCUCAUCUCGCCCUCUUCCACGGAUGGCCAGGCUCCAGCGGGUGUGGAGGGUGGAUACAGCUGCCUAAGUACCAGCUCGACAGGAGCCCUGACCAGCCGGGCUCUCACCCUGCAUCUCGCCAUACGUCUCAAGCGAUGUAUGCUCACACCUCUUCAGGAUCCUGAACCUCAGGUUGUGCCAGUAGGUGGCACUGCCCGGUUUGAGUGCUAUGUAGAUGGCUUGCCCACCCCAAGUGUCACCUGGGAGAAGGACCAGGCGCCCCUACCUUCACCCGCAGAACCUCUAGAACCAUCCAG